AAAUCCGAUAUUUUUUUGAAUCUGGUCUAUCUGAUCUGUAAGACCGUAUAGUUUUAUAUUUUUCUUUUCACCUGAGACAAAGAGGAAAUUUUGUUUCUUGCUAAUUAGUUUUUGCGAUCCAUGUUUCAAUCCUCACUCGUAGUUUCGAAGUGUCAUUAGAGAAGGCAACCGCACUUUGGGAAAUUAAAAGUGUUGAAGGAUUGCAAUGAACAAAUGUAAUUAUAUCUCGUGUAGGUCUUUGGGAGUACCGUGUCACAUCUUUUGAAUAUUUAUCAGCAACGAGCAUAGGUGGGUAUAAAAUUUCCAAUAUAUGAUAUCAUAGCGAUACUUACACGUCACUUUCUGAUGAAUAGCACAAUAUAGGACGCAGUAUCAUUGAUAAUUUUCUGGGAGCAGUUUUCUCGCCGUGGUGAUGAAACUUGCAGAAAUAGUUACAGUUUUCUCCGUCCUGUUCCUGGUAACAUUUUCUAUGGGAGAUGGCGCUCCACAAUGGCGACCACAGGGCAGAUUUGGAAAACGUCUUGACCAGAGGUUCCCUUCUUCAUGGCAGCCAGUUUCCGGUACAGAAAAAGACAUCGACGUUUUCCCCGUUUUGGAGGAGCACACAGAUGUACAGACAAACAAUGUAGAUAAUCUUAUAAAUGUCCUAAAGAAAGUAUGUGUGGAAAGCAACGUACCUGGGCUCUAUAAAUGUUACAGAAGGACAGAUUCCGGAUUCAGAUCAUCUUCGGGGGAUGCUUGACUGGUGCUUUUUUUUCCCAUGAGGACAAUAAAAUUACAACAAAGACUAUGUAAUUCCAUAAACACCAUUUGAAUAUGUUAAAACUAAAAGAAACCGUCAACAGCAAUCUGCACAUAGAAUAUGUGUCAACGUGCAACAAAAUUGUGAUCUCUUCAAUGUUUGAUUCUGCUUGUUUUCUUUAUUUUGUAUUUCUAAAACAUUUCACAAGAAUAUAAAACAUAUAACAUCCAUCGUAAAACUGUUGCCUCGUAUUUUUCAUGUCCCCAAAAUAAAAGAUUAGGACAAAUUCC